AUUCUCUCUCCGUUGCAUCUUUGAGUUCGCCGGAAUCCCGUUGGGAGCGAAGAACCGUUCUAUCCUGGGAGACGUUUGCUACGUGUGUCGGGCAAAAAACGUCAUAAGGAAACAACGCUUAAGUUGGACUCGGUUACAAAAUGGGAGACGAAUCAAACAUUGCUUUUCCGAAAUUAUCACCGCUCCCUACUGUCCCAGUCAGUUCUUCUCAUGGAGAAAAACCUAGCAAAUUCAACGGCCAUGAUUUUAAACGUUGGCAACAAAAAAUGUUGUUUUAUUUAACGACGUUGAAUUUGGCUAAGUAUCUCUCCGAAAGCCAACCCCUUCUAGAGGAAGGCGAGACUGAUAAGGAAAAAGUGGCUGCGGUGGAUGCGUGGAAAUAUUCAGAUUUCUUAUGUAGAAAUUAUCUCUUAAAUGGACUAGAUGACUCCUUAUACUCUGUGUAUGCCGAUAUAAAGACGGCUAAAGAAUUAUGGGAAUCACUUGAGAAAAAAUACAAGACCGAGGAUGCCGGCAAAAAGAAAUUCAUUGUCGGACAUUUCUUGGACUUUAAAAUGGUUGACCACAAAUCGGUUGUUUCUCAAGUUGAAGAAUUCCAACUUAUUCUUCAUGAAAUUCACGCUGAGGGUAUGUCCCUUAGCGAGUCCUUCCAAGUGGCUGUGGUAAUUGAAAAUUUACCUCCCAAAUGGAAAGACUUCAAGAAUUACUUGAAGCUUAAGCGUAAGGAAAUGUCCCUAGAGGAGCUCAUUGUCCGCUUAAGGAUAGAGGAGGAUAACCGCAAAUCCGAGCAUAAGGCUGGAAGAUCUAAUUCCAUGGAAGCUAAAGCAAACAUGGUGGAAGCGGGAUCCAAGAUGGGGAAGAAGAGAAAGCACAAUGGAGAAGGAACAAGUGGAGGGAAGCCUUCGUCAAAGAAGUUCAAAGCAAAGUGCUAUAAUUGUGGCAAGCCCGGUCACCGUGCUAAGGACUGUCGUGCUCC